AUGUCCCGCGUGUUGGUGCCCUGCCACGUGAAGGGCACCGUGGCGCUGCAGGUGGGCGAUGUGCGCACCGCCCAAGGCCGGCCCGGCGUGCUGGUCAUCGACGUCACCUUCCCCUGCGUCGCGCCCUUCGAGCUGCAGGAGAUCACGUUCAAGAAUUACUACACGGCCUUCCUGAGCAUCCGUGUGCGCCAGUACACCUCGAUCCACACGCAGGCCAAGUGGGUGACCUGCCUGCGGGACCACUGCCUCAUGCCGGACCCCCACAGUGAGGAGGGCGCUCAGGAGUAUGUAUCGCUGUCCAAGCACCAGAUGCUGUGUGACGUGGGCCGCGUGCUGGAGCUGCGCCUGAUCCUGAGGCAGCCUUCGCCCCUGUGGCUGUCCUUCACCGUGGAGGAGCUGCAGGUCUACCAGCAGGGGGCGAAGAGCCCCUCCAUGACCUUCCCCAAGUGGCUUUCCCACCCAGCGCCCUGCGAGCAGCCCGCGCCCCUCGUUGAGGGCUUCCCGGACCCCAGCAAGGUGUCCUCGGAGGUGCAGCAGAUGUGGGCGCUGACGGAGAUGGUCCGGGCCAGCCGCACCUCCAGGAGGAUCGGCCGCUUCGAUGUGGAUGGCUGCUACGACCUGAACUUGCUCUCCUAUACCUGA